GACGUUUGCCUUUCGUUGGCGUUUGCUUCGCAGGAGCGUAUGUAGAAUUGGGGGACCCUAGAGGCAUCUUUGGCCCUGAUUAUUCUAAGCUGUCUGUUGUGAAUCCAUUUAUUUGUUCAGACAGAAAUGUAGGCCUGUUCCAAGAGCCCGAAGCCCCCUUUCAUGCUUGACUUACAGUCCUUCUCUCCGUCUCUCCUUUUCUCCCCACCAGUGCUGCACACGCAGGGCCCUGUCGACGGCAGCCUUUAUGCCAAGGUGAGAAAGAAGAGCGCCUCGGAUCCCAGUGUCCCAGGUGGGUCCCCCGCUGUCCCGGCCGCCGGCAGCCCAGACCACAGCGACCACACCCUGUCUGUCAGCAGUGACUCGGGCCACUCCACGGCCUCGGUGAGGACCGACAGGACCGAGGAGCACCUGGCUCCAGGACCCAAGAGGGGCCUGAGCCCCCAGGAGAAGGCUGAGCUGGAUCAGCUGCUCAGUGGCUUUGGUCUGGAAGAUUCUGGAAGCCCCCUCAAGGACAUGAGUGAUGCUUGCAGCAAGUACAGUGGGACCCGCCAUGUCGUACCGGCCCAGGUCCACGUGAAUGGAGACAGCACCCCCAAGGACCGAGAGACGGACAUCCUGGACGACGAGAUGCCCAGCCAUGAUCUGCACAGUGUGGACAGCAUCGGGACCCUCUCCUCCUCCGAGGGCCACCAGUCAGCCCACCUGGGCCCCUUCACCUGCCACCAGAGCAGCCAGAACUCCCUCCUGUCUGAUGGGUUCAGCAGCACUGCUGGCGAAGAUCAGCACGGCGCUCUUGCCCCAGAUCUGGGCCUCCCCGUGGAGCCCCCGUACGAGCGGGAACAGGCUUUCGGGAGCCGCGAGCCCAAGCAGCUGCAGCCUGUGCUCAGGAAGCCCUCCGUGCCCAGCCAGACGCAGGCCUACGGGCAGAGCAGCUACUCCACGCAGACCUGGGUGCGCCAGCAGCAGAUGGUGGCCGCCCACCAGUACAGCUUCACCCCCGACGGGGAGGCCAGGCUCGGCGGCCGCGGCACGGCUGACGGUUCCGGCCUGGCGCAGACCCAGCCUAGGGUCCCGCUCACCCCUACCCGGGGGGCCAGCAGCAGAGUGGCCGUCCAGAGGGGCACGGGCCCCGGGCCACAUCCCCCCGACACGCAGAGACCCCCUCCCGGCAAAGCAGCGCUCAAACCCAGGGUUCCAGAUGUCAGAGUCGUGAAUGGUACCGGCCCGGAGCUGAGCACAGACCCUUCCCCUGGCUCACCCACCCUAGACAUCGACCAGUCCAUCGAGCAGCUCAAUAGGCUGAUCUUGGAGCUGGACCCCACCUUUGAGCCCAUCCCCACCCACGUGAACACGCCGGGCAGCCAGGCCAGCGGCCCCGCAGCCCCAGACGGUGUGGGAGGUGGGCUGCGGGCGAGCGGCCGCCUGCAGGACACGGGAGAAGGCCCUGGCAGGGCCCCCGCGAGGCAAG